UUGAUAUAUCGCCUGACUUUUAUUAAGCAAACACCUUCAGAAGCAGUUUAUACCAACCAGCCAACACCUCUCAAAAUGUACUGGCUCCUGGCUAUUGCUGUAUUGCUGGUUUUAUUGUAUUGGAACGGUGUCAAAAACUACUCAAUUCUUAAGAACGAGCCCCUCAAAGGACCGGAACCGUGGCCCUAUAUCGGUAAUUUACUAGAGGUCGGCAAAUAUGGCGGCUUGCAUAAGAUGCAACUUCAUUUUAGCAAAAUAUAUGGCCGUGUUUACAAGCUGUUCAUCGGUAGAGCACCAACUAUCGUCGUCUCAGAUCCUGAAAUUAUCAAGCAGAUUCUUUUAAAAGAGUUCAACAAGUUCCCCGAUAGGCCAGCAUUUAUCAAGUUCGGUCGGCCGUUCAACUCUGGGCUUUUCAUCGCUAGUGGAGAAACAUGGAAACGAAUUCGUUCUACCCUGACUCCAAGCUUCACGUCAGGGAAACUGAAGAAGAUUGUACCCAUUUUCAAUACUGCUUCAGAUAACCUGUCUGCCAAAAUCGAGAAAUUGGCAGAUUCAGGGGAGAGCGUGGACUGCAUCAGGUUGUUCAGUCUAUUCGCACUGGAGGUCAUCAUGAGCGCGGCAUUCGGAUACCAGGCAGACGUCCAGACUGCCCCUGACGAGGAGUUCGUCGCCAAGGCCAGAAACGUGUUCGCUAUACCUGCGUGGCGUCGAUUCUUUUCCAUGAUCCCCUUUGCGGACUUCUUUGGCAGGUUCAUGACCCCGAUGAACUUCGGCCACUAUUUUCUCCAGAUGGCGGAAGGAAUGGUAAAUAACCGCAUAGCAGAAGGAGGGCGUGGUCGCAACGACUUUAUUCAGCUUAUGCUAGAUGCGCAGGCGCAAACGAUAGAAGGCGUGCCAAAGCUGACACCGGACCAAAUUGCAGCACAGUCCGUGACCUUUCUCAUCGCAGGCUUCGAAACAACGGGAACCACCAUGUCGAACACCGCCUACUUCUUAGCAACCCACCCUGAUGUCCAGGAAAAACUCGUACAAGAGCUUGAUAAAGCGCGCGAGAACCGGGGCGACAUGUCCUUGUACGAUCUGGCUCAAAAUACCGAGUACCUGGACAAAGUCCUUAACGAAGUCCUUCGUCUUUGCCCCCCCGGAUUUUCACUCGCGCGAAGAUGCGCCGAGGAAUGCACCAUUGAAGGUGUACACUUCCCUAAAAAUGUCGAUGUGAAUAUCCCCGUGUACGUCCUGCAUCGUGACCCUGAUCUUUGGGAAAACCCAGAAGAGUUCGACCCUGAGCAUUUCUCGCCCGAAGCCAAAGAGAAGCGCCACCCGUACUCGUUCAUGCCAUUCGGGGUGGGUCCUCGACAGUGCAUCGGAAUGAGGUUCGCCCUGCUGGAGAUCAAGAUGUGCCUGAUGGCGGUUCUGGAGAAGUUUGUGUUCGAGCGAGCCCCCGAGACGCAGAAGUGGGAUGGUGAGGCUGUGCUACUGCUGCGUCCCAAGGACAUGGUGCUUAGGAUAAGGAAACGAUAGACGUCGAACGGUAACAGGAUAAGGCCCCGUCAUCACCACCCAUGCUGGAGCCUCGCUUGCGUCACUAUAAAACAAAUGUUCAAGAAACCAACCUAGUCCCAGGCGAUCUGGUCUGGAUUUCUAUGCCGUGAGGCAAGAGGGGCUGGGGAGAGUGGUUCCCAGUGACGUCACAACUCCGGCUAAGAACGUUUGGGACUGGGCGUUGGCGCUGUUUUCACGGGGGGCAAAAAAAAAUGCGAAAUGUGCCAAUUUUCUGAAACAGCCUUGAGAAGGAAGUGAUGGGUCGCGCUUUUUCAUGUGUAGUCUCUUUUGUGUUUCUUGUGAUAUAAUUUAGGAACUCAUGUACGGCGUAUUUAGGUGGUUCAAUUAAGUAACGAAACUGUAUUUCUUGUUUUAGAAAUUAUUUUGCAUCAGUCUUACUUUUUACGGUCAAUUUGAUAUCCACUUUUAAAAACAUUUUUCAAUGUUUAUGCGAGGUUUCCGAGGAUGAGCUGUGCUUACUAAUACGUAAAAUAAGUACUGUAAUCAAUAUUUUUAUUUAGUUUUGUCUGUGCAAAGAAUAUGUACACUCGUAAAACGAUUCAUUAUUUCAUUUGUAGUUGAUAAGUGAUUUGUAGAUUUAAGAGAGAAUUAACUAGAACUUCAAGCUGCAAACGGCCAAAAAAAAUUAUCAAUAGCUAAGGUAUUCGUAGUUUAGUUAUUUGUAGCUAUGCUGAGUGACAAUAGAUAUAUAUCCCCAUCAUAUUGUGUAAAACGCUCAACACGUAGAGUUAUAAUAAAACAAAAAGUCCGAGGGCUA